GCCACCUCUCAUUCAGUUGACUUGACCUGUCCGCGCCCGUAUGGAGGCCUUAUUCUUCAACGCCGAUGCUGGCUUUCUGGAAGGGGUCGUCCGCGGCUACAAAGCUGGUCUCCUAACGCAGGCGAAUUACAACAAUCUAACACAGUGUGAUACGUUGGAAGAUUUCCGAAUGCAACUGUCAGCCACAGAAUAUGGCAACUUCCUAGCAAAUGAACCCCUGCCCAUCUCAACGACCACCAUUUCUGAAAGAGCGACGCAAAUACUCGUGGAUCAGUUCAAUUAUUUAAGAAAUAAUUCUGUCCAUCCUCUGGACAAGUUCUUGGAAUACAUGACGUACGCGUACAUGAUCGACAAUGUCGUCCUUAUCAUUACUGGAACGCUCCAUGAGCGCGAUACACACGAGCUACUGGAGCGAUGUCACCCUUUGGGCGUGUUUGACACCCUUCCCGCUCUGUGCGUAGCUACGAACGUCGAGGAGUUGUAUCAUAGUGUAUUGGUGGAAACGCCCCUAGCACCCUACUUCCGAGACGCUCUUUCCGCAAAUGACUUGGACGAUCUCAACAUCGAAAUCAUCCGAAACACCCUUUAUAGAGCAUACUUGGAAGAUUUCUCCAAUUUUUGUGCAUCAAUAGGAGGUCCAACGGCCGAGUCAAUGCAGGCCAUACUCGCCUUUGAAGCCGACCGCCGUACGAUUAACAUCACUCUUAACUCCUUCGGGACCGAAUUAUUGUUUCCUACCAUAGGGCGGCUGUAUCCGGGCGGUAAUAAUGCAUUAGCUAGGGCUGAUGACCUUGACGCUGUACGGCAAGCCUGUGAUGGUGUUCCCGAAUACCGAGCGUUCUUUGAUACGAGUGCGUCGCGGACCGUUAGUGCCGCAGAUGACACGCGCUCCUUUGAAGAGGACGACCCCGAAUCUGCCCUCGCCGCGUCCUUGGAGCGGAAAUUCUUUGAACACGAAGUACAUUUGAACAAGACUACGUUCCUGCAGCAGUUCAACUAUGCUGUUUUUUACUCCUACAUGAAGUUGAAGGAACAGGAGAUUCGGAGCAUUGCAUGGAUAGCGGAGUGUCUGGCAAUGAGAAGAAAAGAGAGAAUUGGGGAAUUUGUGGCCUUGUGGUAGUUUUGUUACCCCUAAAUGAACACUGCUUCCAUCGCAUCGUACGCGAAUCUGAAGAUUCCGCGACCAUAUCAAGUAUCCAAAGAGUCGGA